GUCUCACAUCAAAAGUUGCACGUUGUCCAAGACUGUCGUCUCAUGAGCCACUCACGGACUACUAACCUAAUUUGUUUUCAUCCACUGUGCUGUACGCCAUGUCUGAUGGAGGCCCUUACAGUCGCGCUUACAGACUCGAAGGCAAUCCCACUCGUAGCAUCACCGGCAGUCUAGACUCCUCACCGUCGAGCCAGAAUGAGCAAGCUUACCGCAACAUCAGCCUGCGCUCCGUCCGAAUCUUCAUCAACGAGCUCCAACCAGAGCAUUGGCCGCUUGACAUAAGAACCUUCGUGGAACAGUUGCUUGCGGUCGAGGAUGUGGUCGAGGAUACAGACACAGUCAGCGCGGUGCCAUUGGUCUUGCCUGACAACUUACGAAACACCUGCGCCGCUCUUUCCCGUCAGGCAAGCAGAUGUCAGGCUGGCCCCAAGCCUGGCUGGAUGCGUCUAGCCAGGGAGAUGCUCGGAUUCCACGACCAUCCGUAUAUUUCCGUGUACGAGAACGAAACAAUCGACGUCCAGGCAGACCUCACCAGCGAAAACAGCGAGCCUCUCUCCACACCCACACCUGACCUCAUUUUCGGUCUUGCUGUGUUCGACAGUCAAGGUUCCCAAAGCCCAGCUCCUAUUCUGUCCACCAAAUUACUGGCAAGACUGGGUCCUCUAUGUGGUGUCCAGUCUUUCCCUAGACAAGAUGUAAGGGAUAUUGCCUUCCCCUGUGUGAUUUUUGAGGCGGAAUCGGACAGCGGUACUCUUCUGGCGGCGGAGAAUCGGGCAGCACAUGCCGCUGCUAAUGCUCUCAUCAUGCUGAAGAAUCUCACGGCCGUUGCACAAGCACCUCAUCGUCUGCCGAUGGUCGUUAUUUGCUCACAGGGCUCAAUUUACGAGGUGUUGGUCUCAUUCGAAUUGCAGGCGGACGAGAUUCCCCCUACAACGGACCCCUCCGUAGGUUGGGGUCGACAUCGUCGUCCGAAAUCCGGGAUACAAUUGGUUGAGAUCUGGACGGGAAACGUACGUCGUGCCGAGGUGAUGCUUGAAUUCCAGAAGAUCUGGUACAGAGUGAUGCGAUGGGUCUUGAACACUUGGAGACCCACCAUCAUUCGUAUGCUAGACGACAUCAAGGCCACGAUGCCAGAGGAAGAGCAAGACGAGGAGAUGUGAGAUGCUCAGGCGCCAGAAGAGAAUCUAUUCAAAAAGAAGUCUGUAGAGUUCCUAUCCAUGUCAACAUCAAGACGAGGAGAUGUGAGGUCCCAUGGCUCGGAGAGAAUGUGUCCAAGCAGAAGUUUGUAGAUAUCUCAUUCAUGUCAAUGUCCAGAGCAUCCCAAUCGUUUACCC